ACUACUAGGCAUGCGCUUUGGGAGGAGGGGUGAGCUUUUGGGAGACCGGCCGGAGGCGGGUCUUGGCUGAGGUCUAACGGCGCCUGCGCGGACGGGAGCCCUACUGGAACAUGGCGACUUGCGCUGAAAUCCUGCGGAGCGAGUUCCCUGAAAUUGACGGACAGGUCUUCGACUACGUGACGGGCGUCUUGCACAGCGGCAGCGCGGACUUCGAGUCUGUGGAUGACCUGGUGGAAGCAGUGGGGGAACUGUUGCAGGAGGUGUCCGGGGACAGCAAGGAUGACGCGGGCAUCAGGGCUGUGUGCCAGCGCAUGUACAACACUCUGCGCCUGGCUGAGCCACAGACCCAGGGAAACAGCCAGGUGCUACUAGACGCCCCCAUCCAGUUGUCAAAGAUAACAGAAAACUACGACUGUGGCACCAAACUUCCAGGACUGCUAAAGAGGGAACAGUCCUCGACAGUGAAUGCAAAGAAGCUAGAGAAGGCUGAGGCUCGACUGAAGGCAAAGCAGGAGAAGCGCUCAGAGAAGGACACACUCAAGACCAGCAGCCCUCUAGUCUUGGAGGAGGCAUCAGCCAGCCAGGCAGGCAGCAGAAAGGAAAGUCGGUUGGAAUCAUCUGGCAAGAACAAAUCCUAUGAUGUUCGAAUUGAGAACUUUGAUGUGUCUUUUGGCGAUAGGGUACUGUUGGCUGGAGCAGAUGUGAACCUGGCAUGGGGCCGCCGCUAUGGACUGGUGGGCCGAAAUGGGCUGGGGAAGACAACACUCCUGAAGAUGUUGGCCACUCGGAGCCUGCGGGUUCCAGCCCACAUUUCCCUGCUGCAUGUGGAGCAGGAGGUUGCUGGAGAUGACACCCCUGCCCUUCAGAGUGUGCUAGAGAGUGACACCGUGAGAGAGGACCUUCUGCGGAGGGAGCGGGAGCUCAGCGCCCAGAUUGCCACUGGCAGGGCUGAGGGCUCAGAAGCUGCACAGUUGGCAGAAAUAUAUGCCAAACUGGAGGAGAUUGAGGCCGACAAGGCACCUGCCAGGGCAUCAGUCAUUCUUGCUGGGCUUGGCUUUACCCCUAAAAUGCAGCAGCAGCCCACCCGGGAGUUCUCAGGUGGUUGGAGGAUGAGACUGGCCCUGGCCCGGGCCCUGUUUGCUAGGCCAGAUCUUCUGCUGUUGGAUGAACCCACAAACAUGCUGGAUGUAAGGGCCAUCCUGUGGCUGGAGAAUUACCUGCAAACAUGGCCCUCUACAAUCCUGGUUGUCUCCCAUGACCGCAACUUCCUGAAUGCCAUAGCCACAGACAUCAUCCACCUGCAUAGCCAGCGGCUAGAUGGCUACCGGGGAGACUUUGAGACCUUCAUCAAGAGCAAGCAAGAGCGGCUGCUCAACCAGCAGCGUGAAUAUGAGGCACAACAGCAGUAUCGCCAGCAUAUCCAGGUUUUCAUUGACCGAUUUCGCUACAACGCCAACAGAGCUUCUCAAGUGCAGAGUAAACUCAAGAUGCUGGAGAAGCUACCGGAGCUGAAACCUGUGGACAAGGAGUUGGAGGUGGUGAUGAAGUUCCCUGAUGGGUUUGAGAAGUUCUCACCACCAGUUCUGCAACUAGAUGAGGUGGAUUUCUACUAUGAUCCUAAGCAUGUCGUCUUCAGCCGUCUAUCCGUCUCUGCUGAUCUCGAGUCCCGCAUUUGUGUGGUUGGGGAGAAUGGUGCUGGUAAGUCUACCAUGCUGAAGCUGCUUAUGGGGGACCUGGCCCCUGUCCGGGGCAUCAGACAUGCUCACAGGAAUCUGAAGAUUGGCUACUUCAGCCAGCACCACGUGGAGCAGCUGGACCUGAAUGUCAGUGCCGUGGAACUGCUGGCACGCAAGUUUCCCGGGCGGCCUGAGGAGGAGUAUCGUCACCAGCUGGGCCGGUAUGGCAUCUCUGGAGAACUGGCCGUGCGCCCUGUUGCCAGCUUGUCUGGGGGCCAGAAGAGUCGGGUAGCCUUUGCUCAGAUGACCAUGCCCUGCCCCAACUUCUACAUUCUGGAUGAACCCACAAACCACCUGGAUAUGGAGACGAUUGAGGCUCUGGGCCGUGCUCUUAACAGUUUCAGGGGCGGUGUGAUAUUGGUAUCCCACGAUGAGCGCUUCAUCCGGUUGGUGUGCCGGGAGUUGUGGGUGUGCGAAGGCGGCGGCGUCACCCGGGUCGAGGGGGGGUUUGACCAGUACCGCGCCCUUCUCCAGGAACAGUUCCGCCGUGAGGGCUUCCUUUAGGGUCACCAGGCCGAGGACUGUGCCCAGGACAUGGACUGGUCUCUCAGACCCCUGGGCCGCGAUAUAGGCAACCAUCUCCAGGCCACGGACUUCCCCCAACUUUGGGGACAGCCUUAUUUCCAAAUCUCCUUUUAACUGGAGCAUCCUCUGCAUAACCCAGGGAGCCCCAUCUAAGUGUCUGUGAGGACUGGUCUUCAAGGGAAGGGGUGGGGGUGCCCUCUGGUUAUAGAUCCCCCCAACUGCCCCAGCUCUGACUGGGCCCCAAGUGGCUGCUGUGUAAAUUAAAUGUCCCCCUGCAUCUCCCUGGCUUCAUCUCUGCUGCUCAUUGGCAGGGCUGCAGCACUUGCCCAGUGUUAAGGGGCGUGGGCUCUGAGGUUUGGGCUUUUCCUGUAACACUUAUAUCAGUCACAUGGCCAGGUCCAUGGCAGCACCAGUCUUGCUCUGGAAGGAGGUGUCAUUAAAGCCACUGGGCUCAGAGAUCACCUGCCUUACUUUGGGUGGCCUGAGCUGGUGGAAUGAAGGGCAAUGUAUUACAUCACUGGGGUAUACUAUUCCCUAUAGCCUGGGCUCAGCUGCAGCAGAAGGGGGCUUGGUUUGUGCUGCCUCAGUCCCACUGCUUGGAGGAGUGAACUGAUUCUGUAACCUGGCCUCCAGCAUGGUUUGUCAACUGCUUACGCCUGUGGUCUCUGACAGGCUCACCUUGCUUCUCUGAUCCUCGCCUGGACCUGAAGAGAAACCGAGAAACUAUCUUUGUCCCA